AGGGGGCAGCACUCACACACGGAAGCAGCUGCUGCAGUUAAAAGUAGAAGAAGAAGAAAUACAAUAUUUAGCGGGCUUCAGCUCUUCACUCGGACUUUUCUCUAUUCCUCCGUUUUUUUUCUCCUGAAUCUUUUUUAAAUUGAAGGUAAGAGCAGUCUGUAAGGUUCCUCAGGUUUAACUGAUCCAAAUCGACACUUUAAGGUCUUUUUUUCGGUCAGAUUUGAGUCUUUGCCCUCUUCUUCUUCAGUCAGGAACAUAAUCUGCUUUAAAAAUCUUCCUAUCUUCGCGUUUCUCCUGAUUACCGGAGUUUUAUCAAAACUUAAUUAAUUGUUAAUAAAACAUAAAGUGAUAAUUUUAAAGAUCCGUCGGUUCGGCUGCUGGAAGGACUCGAACUGACCAGUUUUUACGAUAUAAAUCCAGAAUAUAUUUGUUAGAGUGUCUGUGCUCUUUUGUGUUUAAAACAGAGAUUUACAUUUUUAUUUUCUGAUAAAAAUGAAACUUCAUAAAUAAAGACUUUUCCCAAAGUCAUUAAAGUACAAAUAACGAUUUAACACCGAGUGAACUAGUUAAUGUGUGUGUUUGUGUGUCUCUGUGUGUGUGUCUCUGUGUCUCUGUGUGUGUAUAUAUGUGUGUGUAUAUAUAUGUGUGUGUUUGUGUGUGUCUCUGUGUCUCUGUGACUCUGUGUGUGUGUUUGUGUGUGUGUUUGUGACUGUGUCUCUGUGUGUAUAUGUGUGUGUGUGUUUGUGUGUGUCUCUGUGACUGUGUGUAUAUGUGUGUGUGUUUGUGUGACUCUGUGUGUGUGUUUGUGUGUGUGUGUGUGUGUCUCUGUGUCUCUGUGUAUAUAUGUGUGUGUUUGUGUGUGUAUAUAUAUGUGUGUGUUUGUGUGUGUCUCUGUGACUCUGUGUCUCUGUGUGUAUAUAUACGUGUGUGUCUCUGUGUGUGUAUAUGUGUGUGUGUUUGUGUGUCUCUGUGUGUAUAUAUGUGUGUGUGUGUUUGUGUGUGUCUCUGUGUGUAUAUAUAUGUGUGUGUUUGUGUGUGUCUCUGUGUAUAUGUGUGUGUGUGUGUCUCUGUGACUCUGUGUGUGUCUCUGUGUGUAUAUAUGUGUGUGUGUGUCUCUGUGUGUAUAUAUGUGUGUGUGUUUGUGUGACUGUGACUCUGUGUGUGUGUGUGUGUGUAUAUAUGUGUGUAUCUGUGUGUGUGUGUGUUUCAGAUGUGGGCUCUCUCUCCCUUCUCGGUGUCUCCAGCUGCUGCUCUCCUCUCCAGGUGUGUCUCUAAAGGAACCGUGUCUCAGGUGAGUUUACCUGCAGGAUGAAUUCUGGGACAUUUUUUAAAACCUUUUAUUUUAUAAAGUUUUUCUUUUAUGACAAAAUCGUUAAUCAGCUUCCUGUACUCAGGAGGAGAUUGACUCCGCCUCUUCAGAGCUAAGCCCCGCCUUCUCCCCUCACCUGCAUGAGGUAGAAAAUGGGAUCCGAUCACAGAGACACCUGGACGAGGUAAAAUAAUCGCACCUGGAGUUAAAGAGUUCAUUUAUUGACGCUGCGGAAAGUUUCCUGAUCAGGUUUAUUGAUACUGAAGCUGCCUGUUGAAAACGACACUCACUGAUAUUGAUCCCACUCAGGCCUGUUUUUAUUGUUUAUUCACUUUAACGUUUGUCUAAUUACAACAAUUUAGAAAUAAAUUUAAAGUCAAAUUUAGAAAAUCCACCAGAUCAGAAAAACUUCAAUAAUCAGAUUUAAUAAGAUUCUCUGUUUGUUUGUUUGUUUGUUUGUUUGUUUGUUUGUUUGUUUGUUUGUUUGUUUGUUUGUGUCAGCUGCGACUGGAGGCGGAGCUUCUUAGGUCAGAGAAGAAAAGUGCCGACUUCACGCACACCUUUCACCUGAGUGAGUCUUUGGGGGGCUAAAAAAACCAAUAAAACAUGUUUUUCUCUGUUUAAUCGAACAGAAACUCGUCUGAUCUCCGUUUUUAAUCCAGUGAAUUCUGUCAAAUGUUUCUAUGUGGAAAUAUUUGAUAUUUACCUGAAACACGUUUGAUCACAUUCAGAGAAACCUUCAAACUCAGAUUUACUUCAUUUUGUACUUCUGUCAUUUUGUUUUCCCUGUUCUGUUAAUAAUCCUAAUUCUGUUAAAUAUUUAUGAUAAUAAACAAUAAUAAUAAUAAUAAUAAUAAUAAUUAGGAGAGUGAUUUCAUAGACGUUAGUCUGUCUAAAAUCUCUUCGACUGUUUCUGGUUUUUCAGGUUUUUUUCUCGAGUUUUAAAGUUUUUUCUUCUCGUCGUGUUUCAGAAAAAAUCAGUCGGUCGACUUUUAUUUUUAAAACAAAGUAAAAAACUGGACUGGACCAGACUCUAUUUACAAAAACCCGGUUUAAAGAUCAGACCCACUCGGAUCCGUCUUCAACCACAGGAGUGAAAGAGGAAGAACUUUAACAGGCAGAAACCUCGAGCAGAACCAGAACCCUAACCAGACUGAUGUUAGACCCUCAUCUGCUGAGACUGAGCCGGGUUUAGAGAGCCGGAUCAGAGGUUCUCCUGGUUCUGGUCAGGACUCGGGCUGCAGCGUUUUGGACCAUCUGAAGAGUCUGUAAAGACUUGACGGAGCUGCAGCUCCUUUUAGUGGUUCUGAACGAAGUUUUUAUGAAAUCAGUAAGAAAAGGAACACGAGACCCUGAUGUGGAGUUUUCAGAACUUUGACAAACAGAAACUCUUUAAAAAAUCUCAGUUUUAUUUCUUUAUUUCACCUUCAUGAGUUUUUGUCUUUUUCUCGUUUAGUUCAGAGACGGUUUGACUUUGAUAAAGUUUUAAAACAGUUUCUUCUUCUCUGGUCUGCAGCUCGCAGGUUUCACCUGCUGCAGGUCUUCUGUGCUCACCUGACGGACGUCCUGAGAGACCAGAACAGUCUGAGACAGAGACUCAUGAGACCGCUGGGCCGGACCAACCUGCCCGUCCAGGCUCACCUGCACAGGUACCUCCUGUCGGCUCAUCGUGGUUUUUUCAGACAUGCUCAGUAGAGACUCGAAUACACUGGUCCUGUGUGUGUGUGUGUGUGUGUGUGUCUGUGUGUGUGUGUGUGUGUGUGUGUGUGUGUGUGUGUGUGUGUGUCUGUGUGUGUGUGUGUCUGUGUGUCUGUUCUGUAGGUCUGUGAUGGACUUGGUGUCGAUGUUACUGGACUUCAUUUGUGUUCUGGAGGAGAACCUGAGUUCAGUCCGCUGCAGCCCCGACACCAGAGACCGCCUGGAUCAGCUGGUAGGUCACAUGACAACAAUGUCGUCAAUCUGAUCAGCUGACCGUCUGCGUCACUCGGACCUCCUGUCACAUCAGUAAAAAUGUAAAAAAAAACUUUUUUGUUUCAUUAAAACAAAUUUAUCAAUAAAAAAAACUUUCAUAAGAAUUUAAUCUUAGAAUUAACCUUUUAAUUAAGCAGAGGUCAGAGGUCAGAGGUCAUUCCGGAGGGCCAAGUUUAGAUAUCAGGUUCAGAAGCUUCAGUGGAAGUCAUUAAAACCCGAGGUCGGACCACCUCCCCAAAAACCUCUCUGUGGGCGUCACCCGGCGAGGAGGCAGACGGCGUCCGUUCUAUCGACAGUCGGUGAUCACAUGAUCACAACACACACAUUAAUGUAAUGAGGAACAAACAUGGCGGACUGUGAAGCACGAUAACAAAUCAGCAACGCCUGGCUGAGGGUGCGAACCCAUCGAUUUAGUCAGUGAUUCAACAUUUCCUAAAAACACACACACAUGAACACACACACACAUAAACACACACACACGAACACACACACACACACACAUAAACACACACACACACACAAACACACACACACACACACAUGAACACACACACACAUGAACACACACACACAUAAACACACACACACGAACAGACACACACACAGACACACACACACACACACACACACACACACACACACACACACACACACACACACGAACACACACAUAAACACACACACACAUGAACACACACAUGAACACACACACAUAAACACACACACACACAUAAACACACACACACGAACAGACACACACACACACAUGAACACACACACACACUCACGAACACACACAUAAACACACACACAUAAACACACACACACAUAAACACACACACACACACACACAAACACACACACACACACACACACACACACACACACAUGAACACACACACACACACACAUGAACACACACACACACACACAUGAACACACACACACAUAAACACACACACACGAACAGACACACACACAGACACACACACACACACACACACACACACACACACAUGAACACACACACGAACACACACAUAAACACACACACACAUGAACACACACAUGAACACACACAUGAACACACACACAUAAACACACACACACACAUAAACACACACACACGAACAGACACACACACACAUGAACACACACACACACUCACGAACACACACAUAAACACACACACAUAAACACACAUGAACACACAUAAACACACACACAUGAACAUACACACACACACACACACACACAUGAACACACACACACACAUGAACACACACACACACACACACACACACAUGAACACACACACACACUCUUCAUCAGAGGUACCGAGAGUCUUCCUUCAGCCUCAUAAUCAGCUGGUUCUCAAAGUUCUCGGCUCAUGAAAAUCAGCGAGUUCUGAACUCGUCUCCUCGACUCUUCAGUUUCCUCUAAUUGAGGUUGAAAACACGAAGGCGUCACAAAUCACUCCUAAGUGUGUCCAACGGUCACAUGAUCAUACCAAAAUGGUGCCAUGGCGGCGCCUCGGUACUUUGCUCUCAGGUUCUUGUUUUAGUUCUCUGGUGAAGGACUCAAACAUGAGGUGGUCUUCUGUCUCUCCAGUUUUCAGGUCCAGGAAGUUCGUUACGGGGUCGCAGCGUUAAACGUGACUCGGGUUUUUAAGCCGAACUAACCUCACCUCUUUCUGUUUGGAUUUCAGAACUCCUCGCUCACACAGUUAUUGACUCAUGUGGCUGAGGUCCAAAGAUUGUCCAAUCAGGUUCUUCGUUGGAAAGAGGUCCACAGUGGGAGCAGCAUGCUGAGUGACAGCUCUAUAUGAUGACCCUUGACCCCUGACCAUCUCCUCCAGCUGGUUGGACAGACGCCAUCGUGUGGGACACGAAAUCUUGUCCUCGAAAAAGACUCAGGCUAACAACACGUUACUGUAGCACCUCCCACUUUAACCCGUAAACGUUAUUUCGUGAACUUUGUGGUAAAAUCGUAUUGUGUCUCUUUUGUUUUCAAUAAAGACGAUUUCUCACAGUCCAGUUGUGGUUUUCUUGUUGCAGCAGGAGGAGCUCAGAUACAGCCCGGCGUGUGUUUCUGCAGUUUCAUGUUUCAGUGAACAUGAAUUAAAUAUUUGACACAUCGUUUUUAACCUCGAGUGUAAAACUGUUUUGGUUUCUGUGCAGCCAAAUAAAAAAAAAGACAUUUUCAGUUCUGAGCUGUGA